AUGUUACAAACGUUUUCCAAAUUCCAUGGCUUUAAGGAGGCUCUUACGUUUUUUAAUUAUCUUUCAUGCACUAAUGUGGCAUGUUGGAGUACUAUUAUUUCUGGGGCAGUUAAAACUGGAGAAAGCUGCGUUGCUUUGAAUUUGUUUCGCCAAAUGUUGCGAGCAUAUCUGAUGCCAAAUAGUUAUACAUUUCCAAGCGUCUUAACAGCAUGUUGUAUCCUUAAAGAUAUGCAGAUGGGUAAAGUUGUUCAUGGUUGUGUUGUCAAAUGUUGUGCAACUGAUAUCUUUGUCAAGACUGCUAUUGUUGAUUUUUAUGCCAAAUUUCGGUGUAUGGAUGAAGCUUUUAGAGAAUUCUCACAUAUGUCAGUCCAUAAUGUGGUUUCUUGGACUGCAAUAAUUUCUGGGUUUGUGCUAGACAAUGAUAUUUUUUCUGCAUUAAAGCUUUUCAAUGAUAUGAGGCAAAUAGGGGAGGAGAUAAAUAGCUAUACCCUUACGAGUGUGCUUUCUGCAUGUGCAAAACCUGGGAUGAUUGAUCUGGCAGUCCAAAUUCAUUCCCUGAUAUUAAAAUUAGGGUUCUAUUUGUACCUUAAUGUUGGGGCUGCUUUGAUCAACAUGUAUGCAAAAAUGGGAGAAGUUGAACUAUCAGAAUUAGCCUUCAAUGAGAUGGAAAAUAAGAAGGAUCAGGGCACAUGGGCAGCCAUCCUGUCAUCUUUUGCACAAUGGGUUGAAUCCGCAGUUUCAACCUCCAAUUCUCUCACACCAUCACCUUCUUUUUCUUCUUCUUCCACCGCCACCAUUUCAAAAAAACAGAACAACAAAGAAAAAGAAAAACCCAUCAAGAUCCAACACUUCCAUUACAGUGACCUUGAAGCUGCCACCAAUGGCUUCUCAGAGCGCAAGCUCCUCGGCAAAGGAAGCCAUGGUUAUGUCUAUAAAGCUGUAAUGGUUUCUUCUUCUUCCUUUGCAUCUGCACCAGAGUUCAUCAUCAGCAACAACGAGGUUGAUAACGAGAUUGAUAUCUUGUCCAAAAUCCAGAGCAAUAAUAGCAAGCUUCCAAAUUGGGGAAGAAGGGUUCGUUUGGCAUUGCAAACUGCAAAGGAAAUUGAUACCCUUCAUUCAUCAACACCACUUGUGAUCCACAGAAAUCAACAAAUGUUCUGA